GUCAUUUCCGACAUUUGGAGAAAUUUUGGCAAUCUCAAAAUUAUAAUGGGUUUAGGAGACUAUCCUAAAGAGUACGAUCCUAAGACGCAUGGGCCUUACGACCCUGCAAAAUAUUAUGGGAAACCUGAUACUCCAUUCGGCGAGGUGAAACUGAUGGAACUCCCAGCGUGGUUUGCUCGAAGGUCCAAAUCUCCUUCCGCCUUUAUGGGCCUUUUUAGCAGGGCUUGGUGGAGAUGGCAGCACAAGUACAUGCAGCCUCGGAAAGUGGGCGCCGCCCCCUUCUUCCAGAUACUCGUCGGUAACAUGGUGUUCUUCUACGCGAUUAACUAUGGAAGGAUCAGUCACCACAAGAAUUACAAGUACCACUAGGUAAAACAUUAGGUAUGCAAUAACACCAUUUUAACUGAAUGUGUGAUUCUACUAAAUAAUGG